CACGAGAGCGCGAAACACCAAGAGGCGCUCAAGUGGUUCACAGAAUUCCAGAUCGACCGCGUGAUCAGGAAUGGAGUUGUUCCUGACUGGUUCCAUGGCAUCAUCUCUAGAAAGAACGCCGAAGACUUACUGAUGUACAAACCAGUCGGAUGUUUCCUCAUCCGGGUCAGUGAGAGCCGCAUCGGGUAUACUUUGUCCUGCCGAGCCGACGACCGCUGCAGACACUACAUGAUCGACGUGCUGCGCAACGGCCAGUACAUCAUCGUGGGAGAGAACACCUCCCACAGGUCUCUCCAGGACCUGGUGGAUUUCUACCGGAGGAUUCCCCUCAUGCCACACAACGAGUUGCUCCUCUCCACCUGCGGCCAGCUGCUGCCCUCCCCACGCUGGCUCAGGGGCAGCGUGCACCCAGUCAGGUGA